UGGAGGCGCGGGUGCUGCGCGCGGCGGGCGGCUUCGGCCGGUCCCGGUGCCUGCUGGCCGCCGCCUCGUGGCUGCCGUGCGUGGCGCUGGGGUUGGCGCUGGGCUCGGAGCUGCUGCUCACCGCGCUGCCCGCAAACCACUGCGGUCCGGACCCCGCGCUCGCCCCCGGCCCCUGCCUGCCGCUGAGCUACCCCGAGCCCGCGCCCCGCGUCCGCCCCAACGGCACGCGGUCCUGCACGCGCGGCUGGCGCUACGCGCUGCCCGCCGCCGGCCUGCUGCGCAGCCCGGUCACCCAGGUCUUCUGCACCUGCCCCUCCGUCCCCCGCCCCGUCCUCUGCUUCCCUGCUCUGUCUCCCCCUCCUUCCGUCCCCCUGCCCUCAGCGCCCUUCCUCUGUUCCCCCUCCUCCAGUCCCGCCUCGGUCUUCGGCCCUUGAUCGACCGGGGCUGUGGUACUGGGGCUUUCGACUGCGCGGGGCUCAGCCCCCUCCUGUCUGACGGUGCAGCAGGUGUCCAUAGGCAGGGUGCCGGGCCUAAAGGCAGAGUCCGAGGCUGGGUGCUGCCAAGGUGGGCAGGCAGUCCGGGAGGGGGGCGGUAAGCUGAAGGUUUGAGCAGGUAGGUGCCCAGCGGUCAGCAGGGCCUGGAGUUCCCUUCGGUGCCAUGAACAUUCUAGCAACCUGUGGCUUUGGGCUAUGCAGGUGUUCAGGCUGGGCUCCCAAGACACUGAAUCAAGAGAGUGAUUGGGUCACUUCCGUUUUUGAAGAGCAGACCUCCCACCUGUAAGGUGUGUGCAGGCUGGCCUAGGGGCAGGGACGCCAAGGACGCGGAGCGGGUAACGGGGCCUCCCUCCCCCUCCUCUGGCUAGGCCAGCCCACCCUGCCUUCCUCUUGGCAGCCUCUGCCCGCAGCCCCACCCCCUGCCCCUGGGAGGAAGGGCCCCGGGUGGAAGCUUGGACAGGGUUGCCACAUCCCUGCCGGGCCCACCUGGGGCCCUGAACCGGCUGGGCUUCCUCCUUCUGGCCACCUGUUUGGUGUAGUGAUGGAUCCUCGCCCACCAGCUUUCACAAGCAGUCGGAUUUUAAAAUAAAAACUCUGACGUAGUGUGACCCAAAAGGGUGUGUCAAGCUUGAGGAGAAGACACAGAGUAGCCCGGGAAAAGGGCCCUUGGCCGGGAAAAGCUGGUGGGCGUGGCCCUGCAGCCUGUUCCAGGAGUGGCUCUCGAGGUGCACAGGCCAGGGGAAGGGCAGGAGAGGCCCUGGGGCCAGCCUGGCAGCAGAGUGAUGGCCGGAGAAAGGCAGGUGCAACCCCGUGCAGAGCAAAGGAGAAACCAGACUUGGGGCUCCAUGCGGGUGUCCUGGGGACCCCAGGCCUCUACCACCUGGGGGCUCAGACCAGGAAUUGUCCAGUUCCAUGUGAAGACCACCAGGGUCAGGAGGCCAUGCCAUGUGAUCCUGAGUCCUGAGCAAUGGAACCUCGUGUGUGAGGACGGCUGCAAGGUGCCCCUGGAGCAGGUGGACUACCUCCUGGGCUGGUUGCUGGGCUGUGUCCUCCUGGGCCCAGGCUGUGACCGGUUUGGCCGCCGGGCUGUGUUUGUGGGCUCGGUGCUGGCCACGGGCCUGGGGGCCAGCAAGGCCCUGGCCACUGGCUUUGCCACCCUACUGGUUUUGCAGCUGCUUCGUGGGGGGGGCCUCGCAGGAGCCUCCCUAGCCUUCUAUGUGGCUCAUGAGUACCGUGGGGGGCUCUGGGGGCCGCCCACUCAGGCUAGGCCUCUGGCCCGCUGGAGGGCGCCUUUCUGGCACUCCAGUCGAGGGCUCUUCUCCAGAAGGUGGGCGGGGAGCUGUUUGCUCUGUGGGCUCUGCUCUUUGUGGGCAGGCCCGGGUGCCUCAGAUGUCCAGGUCCUGGGCAGGCCAGCGACUGAUCACCACAGCCCUGGACAGGGCAGCCCUCCCGAGAGGCCUGGGCCCCAGGCCGUCUGUGUCUGCCCAGGCCUGGAGCUGGGUGACGCCCCGCGCUGCCUGGCAUUCUACGGGGGCGGCCUCUUCUCUGUGGCGGGCAUGCUGCCGCUGCCUGGCCUGGCCCUGCUCCUGGAAGACUGGCGCCUGCUGCAGGGGCUGAGCUCCCUGGCCACGGGACUCCUGCUGCUGUUUUGGGGGUCUCCAGCCCUGUUCCCCGAGUCUCCCUGCUGGCUGCUGGCCACAGGGCAGCCGGCCCGAGCCAGGAAGAUCUUGCGGCGCCUUGCGGAAGCCAGCGGUGUGGACCCCAAAGGCAGCUCAGAGGAGGGGAGCUCCCUGGCUGCGGCCGGACGUGCUGUGUGCAGGGAGCCCCAGCCCCGACACCACUCGGUCCUGGAACUCCGGCAUACCCGCGUCGCCUGGAGAAACGGACUCAUCCUGGGCUUCAGUUCGUGAGGAGGGGGGGGUAUCAGAGCCAGCUUCCUGCGCAACCUGGCCACGCGUGACCCCGCCUUCUGUUGGCCCUACUUCCUGGAGGCCAGCCUCGAGGCAGCGGCCGUGGUCUUCCAGCUCCUGACAGCAGAUCUCUGGGGGCGCCGCCCAGUCCUGCUGCUGGGCACCUUGGUCCUGGGCCUGGCACCCCUGCUGCUCCUUGCAGGGGCCCAGUACCUGCCUGGCUGGACGCUGCUGCCCGUCUCUGUCCUGGGGCUCCUGGCCUCCCAGGCAGUGUCCGCCCUCAGCAGCCUCUUUUCAGCCAAGGUCUUCCCCAUGGUGAGCAGGGGUGCCGGGCUGGGCCUGGUGCUGGGAGCUGGGUUCCUGGGCCAGGUGGCCGCCCCGCUCACCGACACGCGUGAGCACGGCUUCUUUCUGCAACACGUGGCCUUCCCAUCCUUGGCUGUCCUCGCCCUGCUGCGCGUCCUGCUGCUGCCCGAGAGCCGUGGCCGCGCACUGCCCCCGUCGCUGCAGGACGCCGACCGCCUGCGCCGCUCCCCGCUCCUCUGGGGCCACCCCCGCCAGGACCACCUGCCCCUGCUGCCAGCCUCCCUUCCCAGGGCCGGGACACAGCUGGUCCGGGAGGGGUGACCAGGCUGCAGAGACACGCCACCCGCCAGUACGGGCAGACGGGUCUCGGGAAGGAACGGGAGGGUGGUGGGAAGUGGGCCUCUUUGCUGGGGGCCCUGGUUCCCCCUCCACGUGGGGAGCAUAAAGGCGUCCGUGGAACUUGGCACCCUCGCUGGUUCUUCCCUCAGGCCGCACCCUUGCCUGAAGGGGGCUUCUGGUGUCCACCUCCCCCUCACAACCAGGCAUCCGCAGCC